AGGAGACCAUCAGGAAGACCCUGAAGGAGAUGACCAUGGAGACAGGUGCCACAGCUGCCCUCAUUGGCCUUGGAGUCUCAAGCUGUUGUAUCAUUGAGAAAGUUAUGGAGAUUGUUGAAGAAAUCUCUCCAAAGCACUUAACAGUUGAGGAGCUUCGCACAAGGAGUGAGCUCGUCGAGGGGUCGGUGAAGGCUGACCAGGUUGUGGCUGUCCAGCAAGACAAAAAAGGCGAGCGCUGCGCCAGGAUAACCUUACAGGUUGGACAGUUGUGUCUCCACUCACUCGUGCAACAACCCCUGCCCGCUGAUGCCCGCACCAUCCAGCACAGUGACGUUGUUGGCAUGCUGGUCCCAUCCUCUACCUUGGCAUUCCUCGAGCUUGGCUGGUCAGGGUCAAAAAGAGGACAUGUCACCAUCCGGCUAGCCCCUGACACUCCACUUGCUAGACAGUUUGUUUUGUUGUGUACAGGCCAGCAAGGUCACUCCUUCAUAAACACUAAAUUGUUUGAUAGACGAAACCAUCACCCGUCGUGGGAGUGCGUAAUAGGGGGAGACUAUGAAGAAAAAGAUGGUAAUGGAGGUGCCCCAUUGUUACCCGACCUGAACUGGGGUUACCAGUCAUCGGGCAGAGCUGUCGGGUCCCUGUUUCCAGCAGGGAGUAGCCAUAGUGCCCAGUUCGCCAUCCUCACCAGGACCCUUCAUGAUGGUCAGCUGAUGCCAGACGUCUUUGAGGAGGUUGUUAGUGAGCUGAAUGUAGUGAGAGAGGCGGCCAAUAACAGUAAUAUCACAGACGUAACUGUGAUGGACUGUGGUGUUGUGUUGCCACUAUAGUUCAGUGUGCCAUCUGUGCCAUUCAUAUGAUGUUUACUUGUGGCCAAUUGUGUUGGCACUGAUGUUUACUGUGU